AUGGCCGCGACGGAGAUGAAAGUUCUGUUGAGUGCAAAGGAGUACGUACUCAUAGCGCUGACACUCACACUGGCACCAAUAGUGCUUCUCGAGCUGUAUGGAGUGACGCAGAUGCGGGCAACUAUCCCCGAAUUUCAGACGAACCCGGACAUGCCACACAUUAGCGAAUGGCUCAUCGGCAUCGGCUUCGCAUUCGUUAUCAUUGGCUUACGCUUUGUCUUUUUAAAGAUAGCCAAACCCAUUGGUCGCAAUGUGCUGUCUCCCACAAAGCGAAUACACGCGGAUCGCGUCGAGCGCUUUGCCACGGUGUUAUUUAAGUUCAUGUACUUUUCUGUUAUCACGGUCGCUGGAUAUUACAUCAUGCGUGACGAAAAGUGGUUUCCACCGGUGCUCGGAGGCAAGGGUGCUAUUCGUGAAGCUCUUUUAAAUCUACACGAAGCCCCAGGAAUAUCUCUGAAGUACUAUUAUUUUGUACAGCUUGGCUAUCAUUUCCAUAGCCUUCUGUACAUGUUAUUUUUCUCCCCCAUCCGAAACGACUUUAUUGAAAUGCUUCUGCACCAUUUGGUUACAAUUAUUUUAAUUGGAGGUUCAUAUCUUGCCAAUUACUGUGCCAUGGGAGCACUUACAGCAUUCACCCACGACAUUGGUGACGUGACAGGAUAUGCAAUCAAAUCUGUUGUGGACACGGGUAACACUCCAUUAAUAGUGGCCAUGUAUUUCGUGCUCCUGGUCUCUUGGGCCUACACGCGGCUAUACGUGUAUCCAGUCCACUUGAUCUACAAUGCUAUCUAUGUAAUUCCUGAGGUCAGCCCGCAUGUUACUGGUAUUUUUUUACACCCGGGAAAUGCAUUGCUUUGCAUGCUUCUUGUGCUGCAUGUGUACUGGUAUGGUCUUUUCCUAGUCAUGGGUUAUACUUUGGUCCGCAAGGGCUUGGUUGAAGACAUCCAGGAUAAGUGCUCCGAUGUGAAAGAAAUUCACAAAGAAGAUGAAAAAACAAUGCCUGAACCAACGACAGCAAACACCAGCAGCAAAACGAAGAAUGAGUGA